CAAAAAUGUAGCCGGCAUUUUGCCAGCUCCCAUUCCACUGAGAGUGUCCCAACACAUGCCCGCCUCAGGCCUGCUUGCUUCCAUGCUUUCUCUCUGCUGAGGUGCUGUAGGGUGCGGUGCCAGAAAUGAAAGGGCUGCUGCCAGUAUGCGCCAAACCCGAGCUCCUUCAAUACCACUAUGAUCAUCAGCUUUCGUCCGAAGUCGCCUCCUCGGAGCGAGGUUGCAUGCAAGGUACCCGACACUAGUACCUGAGCAGCUGCCAAAGCAACCCUGAAAGCCUGGUUUUGUCUGCUCAGAGAGAUUGCUCAGUACGUCGCAUGACGGCGCUUAGAGGUCCCCCUAUCUCCGAUGCCAACAGGAAACGUCAGAGGUUAGACGCCUGCCUACUUGCUUUGAAGCUUGACAACCCUUGAUGGCGAUCACGUUCUGGAAGCCUACAAGGAACACGUGCGGCCAACAAGCAAGCUCCGUUGGGCCGAAGUCGAGGCAACGGGAGCGAAUAAAGAAGGAGAAUAACCAACUUAUUCCAAACAGCCAUAUCACCUGCGACAAUAAAAGAAAGAAACUCUCGCAACCUUCACCACGAGAGAGCUCAGGAAAAAAUGGAAUGAUAACGUCCAAUUACGGUCCGGAGCGUAACCAGUGAUGGAGAGAGCGCUUGGCCUAAUCGGGGGUUACGAGGCAGGGACAGGGGAGGUUGCGAUCCAGCGCGUGGACCUGUAAGAGGUCUCGAUACGUGAUCCUUGACAUUUGCCCAGGGGUAACAGACCUGCCUUGACUUGACUCGGCGGGGGGGGGGGUGCAUUCAUUUUUGACACUCUCACUGACAGCACCAUGAACUUCCAUGAAGCAGCCAGGGGCCUCAGCUGUUCUGCGCUGCCGUGGAAGAAAAUGAUUGAUGUUGCUUUCAUCCAACGCUGUGCUGUCACUGCAAGAUGGACCUGUCUGGCAGCGGUCCCGCGGCAUACAUUCCGGGCUUCUUCUUGAUCGCCUUCCGCGCCGGCUCCUCAGAUUCCAAGAUCGGAUCUUCCUCCAUGGGGUCGCUCCCGGCCGAAUGCCACCCUUUUGCGCAUGAACCACUGACAACCCUGGGCCAGACUGCCAGAAUACUACCACUUCUCGAGAUCCAAGGAGGGACGAACAAAGAAACCAGCACGCCCCCCCAAAUCCGACCCUCGAGCGAUGAGGCGUCGUCGUGGUCAAAGCCGUCGCUCCGCUACAACGAUACUACACCCCCCCUAUACUUGGCUCUCCUAUAGAUGCUCAUUGCCGUACCACAUCAACAAUGCGGUACGCGACUGCGUAUCUGAGACGACGGGUAUCGACAAGAUGGCUGUCAAAGCUGCCCAGCCGGGCGCCGGAUUGGCAGGGCAGUUGGAGGAUCGGGCCUACCUUGGUACCCGUAUAUACUAACCAACUUGGGGAUCAACGGAAGAACUGGGGGCAUCUCCACCGAAGCUUGGUAGAAGCUGGCAAGGAAGAAUUGGACCUUCUUCUUUCCGAAGAGCCAAAUGCUGCAAACGGUGUUUCAGGCUUUGGCAAUGAUCAAAGGAUGAAUUAGCCCGGAGGCCCCUGGGAGAGGGAGGGGACAGCAUAUCCAUUUUUCCAAAUUUUUUUCUCCGAAUUUUUGCUAAGGUAGGUAUUCUGCCAUCCAGACACUGGCAGUUGUCGGUGUUUGGCAGCUCCUGCAGGUUGCACGGUCGGUACCUUCCUUGUCCGGCUGCUCUCAUUGUGACUCCGAGUGCCGUCGUUCCUGGCGGCAGCUGCAGAAGAAUAAAGAGUGGUUUCAACAACAAGUGAAGGCGCAACCUUCUCCAUUAAUAUGUGCUCUUUGCCCUGGUCUCGCCACUGCCUUAACACUGGACCCCUCCCCUUUCCCCCAUGUCCAUGUCCAACUUCCACAUCACGGGCAGUCUCCAGAACGACUUUGUCUCCAAUAUAACUCGACGAACUUCCUUUUCCCUGAAUCAACCUCGGCCAGCCAGCAGGAGUCCAGUCCUCGGCUACCGUUCCCACAAAUCUUCGAGACCCCUUCCUGACAUCUGCCUCGCCGUUCCGCACUCGGCUGGCUUCCCGGAACCCGCGUCUGACACCACCAGAAGGGACCCUUUCUUUGCCACCUUCUUUUUCGCAUAGCCAACCGCACCAGACACCAGCUUGGGUCUUCUGGGGAACCCGGUCACCGGUGAAGUAAUAACGAAGAACAAGAAGAAGGAAAAAAAGAAAAAAAAAAAAAAGGAAAAGUCACCUACAGGGAGCAGCGCCGUGAAGCAGGUCAACCUAGCCGCAGCCUUCCGUCUACCUACCUCACCUACCUAUGGCCCGUCCCUAGCGUGCAAUACAAGCCUACCUACCUGCCACUGCCGGCAGCCAUCAGCAUCACCUCGAUCCUGCUCGGCAUCUUCCUCGUGGCACAGAAACUGCACUGGCUGCUGCUGCCGCCGCGCCAUUUGUUAUCAAACACCUCUUAGUUCUCGCGGGUACAAGGGGCUGAGAUCUGCCAGCUGAAUGGCCAAGAUAGGACCACUGGUGGUGCUUAUCCUGCAAUCCGGCAAUAGCAGCAAGCCAAACGAUCAUCCCUUGGUUCACCACUGCGAGCACGCCCUUUGGCCCAGCAUCAGGAACGACCUGCUCCAUUCCUGAAAAAGAAAAGACAAAGGCCAACAUCUGCUUAGCGGAUUACCUUAAUUAGACAAGACCUGGAGUGAUCACUUACCCUGUGCGGCUCAUCAUAGGCGCUGCAGGCACCUCACCUAUUUCCCCACGGCCACCCACCACCAAGACAAAAAGCUCCCUCCUUUCCCAACCAGGAGCACGUCACAACCCACAUGCCACUUGGAAGCCUCUGACAUCUUCCAUACCUUUCACACGCACACAUCUCUCGCGCCCGACGGUCCCGAUCUCGAAUUCACUGUCGCCGUCGACUGCACUCACCAGCCAAAGCUGCCGGAACGUCGCACAGGAGCUUCCAAAAACAGCAACUGCGGGAUUCCCUGCCCUGGCCACACUCAACCAUACAACAGUACCUCGAUCAGGUCAGGUACAAAAGUUUGGGGUGUGAGCCGUGUCUUCGACGCGGCCUACCAAACUCGCCUUGGGUGUCCGGUUCCAUUCCAGCCAGCCAGCUCUCGCUUCGUUUCCUUCGUGCACUGCAGGAAUCUCUCCACGCUGCAGCCAGCUGCGGACUUCCACUGGAAACCUCCUUCUCACGCCCCCUCCUCCUCCCUCCCUCUGCCCUUCCCGGGCACCCACCUACGACACGCGCAUCUACCCUCACAUCCACCUCCACCGCAUUCACAACCACAACCAUAACCACCCUCCAGACCGGCCGGCUACUCAGCCAGUCUACCUCGGUCUUCUUGCAGCGCACUGUGGCUGCUGGCCAUACUCUCGGCAUCCACAUAUAGCCCGAGCUUUGCUUUGCCGUGUCAACCCUUGCAGGAACAAAAGCAAGAACAGUUGCUGUACUUGGCAGUUGAACGCUGCCGCUGCCUGACAGCUUCUUGGACGGAUCAAGGCCACCACUCAGACCUGAAAGGGGUGUAUUUUAAUCGCCAGUCACAUCGCUUGGAUCUCCUUCGCCCCAGGCGCCGCCGACCACAAGAUCAACACCUCCAUUGGUCCGCAUGCUACUCGCUACCUGUCAACCGUCCCGUUUUAUCUGUAUCGCCGCCAAACGCCGUAGCUCUUCUCCCUCCUUGGUCCGCCGUCAUAUCUGAACCAAAGGAGCCCAUCACUUGUCUUUCCGUCCCGGACCGCAAACAAAGCCCUUGUAAUUCGGCACCAUCUUGGACACCAGAACCGCCCAGGCUCGAAAGCUUAACACUAUGUCAUAAGAGCCCCUUGGAGUCCAAAUCAGCACAAGCCGUUUUGCAGUGAGGGUAGCUCGACAUCGUUGCAAUAUCUGGCUUCUGGAACCUUGGUCGCGGACCCGCAAGUAAUAAUCCAUUACCCGCUUGCCACCCGUUGUCUUGUCCGAAGCUCAAGACGACCCCGGUAUCUCUCUGACCAUUUCAGGCGCGAACCAGGGCAGCAGCUGUCGUACAUGGCAGUCGUUGCUCCGCCACCCCUAUUAAAAUCGAAGUUGGACCUCUGGGAAUCAAGCGAAUCCGCUAUAUAUCCUGCCGUACCACCUUCAGCGCCCAUGACAGACAUAAUGUCAUACCAAUAUCCGCCGCCGCCUCAAAACGGCGCUGACAUGGACAUGUCGCCAUCGGGAUACUAUCCCAACUAUUCAGUCUCUUCACACACAUCAUCAGGAAUGGAUUCGGGGGUCCCAUCCAGAGACCGUUCAGACUCGAUGAGAAUCAAAAGGUCACUAUCGACGCCGGCCGUCGGCCCAUCUCCAUCCCAGGCCCCGGCACCCCAAUCCACGGCAUCGCAGCAGUCGACAGCCCAAGGCCAGGACCCGCUUGGGCUGGCAGGAGAAAAGAGAAGAAACAAGCUUGGCUAUCAUCGGACAUCAGUCGCAUGUGGCCACUGCCGCCGGCGGAAGAUUAGGUGUAUACCUUCCCAAAACGACGUGCAGGGUCGAUGCAUGAACUGCAUUCGACUCAAAAAGGACUGCAGUUUCUUCCCAGUAGAUCAACAACCACCUCCAGACACGAGACAAAAGUCGGCGUCGAGGUCGUCUGUUGGACCCAAAAUCGCUUCAGCCUCUUCAUCGCCGGCCAUGCAGAGUGGAAUGCCGUCCGACAUGCAUGGACAACAGCCCUAUUCCCAACUCACCAUACCAUCAAUGCCUCCGCCGAUGAAGCCAGCUGGCUCCGAAGCCUACACCCCUGAUACCAAGAUCCCUUCGAGCGCUUCGAGCUCUCGAGCGUACGAUUAUGGGCAGUCCGGGAUAACAAACUGGAUGGCAGAUGCUAGCCCGAGCUCCUCUAAACCGAGCGAUUUGAGUACCAACUGGCGAACUUAUCCGGCUGAAUCCCCCAUAACGCCGGCUUUUUCCCCAUACACGCCACACGCACCGCCUCCAUCCGCAACCUGGUCAACGCCCGUAGGCUCCGAGCCUGCUCGUGACGAUCUGGCCUGGUCAUCGUCGUACCCGGCGCCGCCACCCCGAUCAUUGUCCUUUGGUGCCGAGAGCGUCUCGAGUCAAAGCCAGUACCCAUCGAUUUCGCAUGUCAGCAACCACUCGAGUCGAGAUUACAGUCGAAAAGCCAGCUCCAUGUCUACCGACAUGUAUCCUGCCCCCAUCUCAACCGCAAUUCCCGGCGUUGAUACGACUCCCGGAUCGACGCCAACUCAUGGUCUGGCGCUUUCCGCUGGGGCUGCCCCAUCAUCUGCCUAUGGAACCUGGCAGCAGCCAUACCCAUAUUCCAAACCCAGUGAUGGUUAUGGGGGAGCGUGGGUAUAUCAAGAAUCGGGGCAUCCAGGAGAUCAGCAUUCGACUGAGCACGCCUAUUAUGAGCGAUAGAACCAGCGGAUCUCAUUAUGUGGUGGAUAGGCUGUGGUCUAUGCUGAGCUUGUUGACCAGCAUAAAUGGUUGUGUGAAAUUAGGCGGGCGGGAAUUGGGAUUGUGUGUGGCACUAUUCGCCAUUUCGACUGUCAGCCGCGGGGCUGCGCCUUGGUUUUAUCGACAAAGUGCCAUCCAGCUUCUCGCACACCUUCAACACUCUUCAUGUCGCGGCUCUUUCGGGUCAGUCGGUGCGAUUCCUGGAACUUCUCAAACAGGUUGUGCGCGAUGCAAGUUCUUCAAUCGGGAAGUUGGGUCUGAGCGCAAACCUUCUUUGGACGCCAAAUCGGGCGACUUGCGACACACAACACACCACAUGAGACCUCGGGUGUACCCAUGAAAGGCUCUCCAUCUGCAAGUUUUGAGCAUACGACGAAAGAUCGAUGGCUUGUGACCCGAUCACACGAAAUGUGGCUGACAGCAAGGAUGCGAACCGAGCGCCUUGUCCACCACAGUUCACCUCGUCGGCCUCCGCAGCCCCAACUUUAAGUCCGGCCGACAACGAUCAUGACGGGGCAUAUUUUUGAUCAAACCAGGAGGCGGUGGAAAGAGAGAUUGGUGAUUAUUGACACAGAACCGAGUGAAGCAGCAGUUUACUCAUCUUACCCCUUUUGAUCAAGAAAAGACUUGGGCCAGUGUGAUGAUGAUUGCCAACACCAGCUCGGCAUAUGACUCGCCAUCACCAGAUUCAGUAGCGCGAUCCAUAAAAGCCGGGCAACUAUAUAUCAACGGGCCGUGUCGUGGAGCAGGCGGAAACCGGGCGGAACGGCACGGGACGGGAGACUGACGGGAGUGCCCACACCUUCAUCUAUCCGGUGAGAGCAGAUGCUUCCGGGCUGGUCACACGGCGGUAAACCAGACACACCGGUUCGGUGCAUUGCCCCAAGGUGGAAGGACGUUACACGAGAAAAAAAAAGGGACGCCACGCGAUAAACGUGGGGGGAACACUGGGGAAUAAUAUGACUCGUCGACAACAGCACAAGUGCGGCCAACACACCUGGGUUAGAAAUCGGAAUCACGAUCGGGGUGGUCAAAUUGCAUCUUUGAGGGCAUUGGGAGAAGGUUGUGGAAAACAAAUACAUGGGGCAUCAAUCAGGGUCAUGACUUUUUUUCUUGUUCUUUGUUCGCUUCUAUUUUCGCGGAUUUUACUGUGGUUUUGUUCUUUUUCAUUUGUGUUUUUUGAUAUAUGAGUUUUUAUUUUCCGAGUUGAGACGCUGUCAUCUGUAUGAUGGGACUAAAUAGCGGGUUUGAGGUUAUGGGGAAGGCAAAUUUGAUGUGGAAAGUGGAACAUGGAAAAUGGAUGGGUUGUUUGUUUGUUGUUUACAUAUUAUAUAUACAUUCUGCUGCUAAACAUGCAGUGGUGUUUUUCUGACGCCGAAGCGUUCUGCAUCUUUUAGGUUGAAUGGAACUGAAGAUGUGUUUUAUGUUGAGCUUUGUGUUUUGAAUACCGCUGGGUUUAUAGAUGUGCAGAUGGGAAUGAGGUCAAACGAUGAAUUACAUGCCUCGAAUGUGAGUGGAUAUAUAUAAAUGUCUUGAAGUUGUGGGAUGAGAUGGAAAAGAGAUGAAUGCUAGAUGAGUUUUUCUGCAGAGCAGUGAAUUGGUUGUUGACA